AUGGGAAAGGACUAUUAUGUUAUUUUAGGCAUCACAAGAAAUGCCUCAUUAUCUGAUGUACAAAAGGCAUAUCGUAAAUUAGCACUCAAGUAUCAUUCUGAUUGUAAUAAGGAUCCUGGUGCUACAGAAAAGUCAAAAGAAAUAGCAGAAGCUUAUGAUGUAUUGUGUAAUGCAUCUAGAAAAGCUAUUUAUGACAAGUUUGGAGAAGAAGGUUUGAAAAGAGGAAUUCCUAAUGCUGAAGGAGAAUUCUCAGAGGGUUACACUUUUCAUGGAGACGUCAAUAGAGUUUUUAAGUUCUUUGGUGAAAAUAACCCUUUUGCAGAUUUCUUUCAUCUUGAGAAUAACACUGAUAUUGAUGGUCAUGUCACCUUUGGUGGUCUCAAAGGUCGUGCUCAACCCAAACAAGAUCCACCUGUUGAACGAGAUCUACCACUUACAUUAGAGGAAGUUUAUAAUGGCUGUACAAAGAAAAUGAAAAUAUCACGAAAGGUUUUAAAUGAUGAUGGUCAUACAACAAGUACACGUGAGAAAAUAUUAACAAUUACAAUACAAAAAGGUUGGAAAGAAGGUACUCGUAUUACAUUCCCAAAAGAAGGAGAUCAAGGACCCAAUAAAAUCCCAGCUGACAUUGUCUUUAUAAUAAAAGACCAACCACACCCCCAAUAUCAUCGUGAAGGUCCUGACAUUAUCUACCAACCUAUCAUACCACUAGUCACUGCUUUGACAGGAGGUGCCAUUGACUUAACCACUUUAGAUGGACGUCAGAUAAGAGUACCUGUUACAGAUGUUAUCAGUCCUGGUCAUGAGACAAGAGUAAAAGGAGAAGGCAUGCCUUUAGUGGAUGAUCCAAAGAAUAAAGGAGACCUGGUCAUACAUUAUGAUGUCUCAUUUCCUACUGUACUUAAUCCACAACAGAAAACACUCAUUAGACAAGCACUAAUAUAA